AUGGCAUUCCCGAAAAUCCGACAGCCCACGUUUUACCUUUGUUUAGAGCUCAUCGAAAUAUUCACACUCGUCGAUCCUAUCUUCCACAGUCCGUUAAUUGUUGUAACUACUUUUCGAGGUUUGCUUAACGUUGUGUUGAUAGAAAUAGAGCUCAUCGAAAUAUUCACACUCGUCGAUCCUAUCUUCCACAGUCCGUUAAUUGUUGUAACUACUUUUCGAGGUUUGCUUAACGUUGUGUUGAUAGAAAUAGAGCUCAUCGAAAUAUUCACACUCGUCGAUCCUAUCUUCCACAGUCCGUUAAUUGUUGUAACUACUUUUCGAGGUUUGCUUAACGUUGUGUUGAUAGAAAUAGAGCUCAUCGAAAUAUUCACACUCGUCGAUCCUAUCUUCCACAGUCCGUUAAUUGUUGUAACUACUUUUCGAGGUUUGCUUAACGUUGUGUUGAUAGAAAUAGAGCUCAUCGAAAUAUUCACACUCGUCGAUCCUAUCUUCCACAGUCCGUUAAUUGUUGUAACUACUUUUCGAGGUUUGCUUAACGUUGUGUUGAUAGAAAUAGAGCUCAUCGAAAUAUUCACACUCGUCGAUCCUAUCUUCCACAGUCCGUUAAUUGUUGUAACUACUUUUCGAGGUUUGCUUAACGUUGUGUUGAUAGAAAUAGAGCUCAUCGAAAUAUUCACACUCGUCGAUCCUAUCUUCCACAGUCCGUUAAUUGUUGUAACUACUUUUCGAGGUUUGCUUAACGUUGUGUUGAUAGAAAGUGAUGAAUCUUUGAUGAUAAGAAUUUCUGGAAUGAUGACUAACGACGUUUCAAUAGUUACCGUCACGAACAACGAUUGAUCACGAGUGUUAAAUCCAAAUUGGAUUACUGGUAAAUCUAAGACAUUAGACACUUCCG